GGUAGGUUAGAUAACCCAAUACACAUGCUGUACUUCAAUGAAAGUAGAUAAUGAAAGAAAAACUAGAUAAUUCAACAAGAUCUCAAUGGGAGAUAGAGCUUUAAUGAGGUUUUCUAGAUUGCUACCUGAAUUUAAAUAAGUUCACCACCAAGAAAAUGGUUCAUGGUAGCUCAGUUCGGUACGAGAAACUGCGGAGUGAGUGUCCUGAAAGUGGCGAAGAACAGGGAAGUGACAAAGACUCGGAGAAAGAAGACAACGAAGUCACAGUGUAUUUAUAUCCAUUGUCUUCACAGGAAAGACUAAGAAAGAAAAAGAGAGAUACUUGGAUCAGGAUAGCUGCAGCGGUAGUGCUUCUGACUGUGGCUGUAGGGUUUGUCUUUUAUGAGUUGUAUGGAUGCCUGGAGCCAGAUAGCGACUCCCAUAAUCACACAGCACCUGCGGUGGAUCAUUGGAACAGUGAGAAAAAGGAAGGUCAUGACCAUUAUCAUGAUGAAGGAGACCAUCACCAUGAAGACGAAGAAAGCCCAGAGCACCACAGCCACUCAAGAGAGGGGACAGAUGACUCCGGAGAAUAUGAACACGACCACCAUCACUCUUCUAUGUAUCAUCAUGGUGUACUGAUUACUGACUCAGCUGUCUGUUCAGAGGUUGGCAGGGGUAUUCUUGUUGAUGGAGGUAAUGUUGUGGAUGCUGGAAUAGCUUCUCUGCUUUGCCUUGGAGUAGUUCAUCCACACACAGCUGGAGUAGGUGGUGUGUUUUCAGCCAUACUUUUCAAUGCAACCUCUGGAACAUCAAAAGCAAUACAUUCAGUUUGUCCUGAAACAUCUUCAAGCGCUUACAAUAUACCAACUGUUCUACAAGGCCUUAAACUGCUCCAUGAAAACUUUGGCCAUUUAAGCUGGGCAAAACUAUUUGACAGUGCAAUAAGACUUGCAAAGAAUGGAUUUUCCAUUGACGAAACACUUGCAAGUGCAUUAAAAUCUGACACGGAAAAAAUUAAAUCCGAUUUAUGUGACCUUUUCUGUCAUAAGAACGGUAGCAUAAAAGGUCAAGGUUCUAAAGUCACUAACCAGAAGUUAUCUGAGCUGUUGCAAACUGUCAGUGUUUUAAUGGAAAAUAACUCGCAUUUCUCAGAAAUGCUUGGCAUGAAAUUGGCUGAAGAUCUUCCCCAGACAGAGAAGCAAGAUUUUGUCAAAAAUGUUCAGAGGUGUAAAGGAGAAAUCAAUGACCCUCUUACUGUGAAAAAAGACAAAUAUACCGUCUUCACUGCUGCUUCACCAGUUUUUGGAGGGAUAAUAUCUGAUAUAUUAAAAAGAGCUGGUGAGCACAACCUGUCUCUUCAGAGCAUUGCAGAUCUUAACAGCAGAGCUUCUUCAUACAUCAAUCUCUUAAACACUACCAAGCUAAUUUAUAGUAAUAGCCUGGCCAUGGAACACCAAAGCCCUGGAGAUCUAUUUGCAUUAAAUACAGUGGGGAGUCAUAUUGGGGUACUCGAUAGCAGUGGUAAUGUUUUAAUAAUCUCUGCCUCACUCAACAGCUCAUUUGGACUGAAGCAGUUCUUACCUUCCACAGGAGUUAUUCUCAAUGAUUUCACUAUACAUUCUGCAGCUAACAUGCUUUCCUGGAAUUGUCUUUCAGUCCUGAAGUUCCAAGAUGAUGAUGAGAUCAUAGGGAUAGGAGUUACUGGAGGAAAGUCUGUGCCUUAUUUAGUGGCUCAAAUUAUUAUUAAUAAAGUACACUAUAAAAUGUCUUUUCAAGAGGCAGUAUGUGGUCCAUUUUUCCAUUUGGAAAUGACAAAUGCCAAAUUAUUUUCAACAUACAUAUCUGGAAUAUCAAACACCUCGGAUAUUUUUAAAUUAUUAAUAGACAAAGAGCCACAAAUAAAAACAAUGGAUGAGACAGGUGAGGACUUUAUGGCUCUGAUAUUAGAUUCAUACGCAGGUCAUGUAGGAGCAUUUGGUAUUCCUCCAACAAAUGCGCAUUCUGAUGGGUAUUAAUGAAAAUAAAUCAAUUCAAGAAUGUAAGACAAAAUUUUCUGUGUUUAAAAAAUAUUUUAUUACCAUUUAUUGUUAAUUGUUUUUAAUCCUAAUUACUGUAUAUUAAUAGUUCAUUAAUAGACGCUACAUGCAAGUAGGUAUACUGUAUGUAUUUUUUUAAGAUCCAAGAUAAUGUUUUGAAAUUCUCUUUAAAUAUCCUUAUAUCAAGAAUUUUCUACAAAUGACACAGUGCCCUCAGGUAAAAAUAAGCAUGCAUCAUCGUGAUUAAGGUAGAAAGCUCUUAGAAGACUGCAGGCAAAAAGUCUGACCACAAAUUGGUGGACUGCUGUAAAAGAAUUCACAUGAAGCAUUAUCAAUGUACUUUCCACUGUAGUGUUUAUUAUUAAGAAUGUACAGCAGAAAUGAAAAUUUAACUGUUUGGAUAUGGGCAUAAAUGUUAUAUUUCACAUAAAAAGGAAAAGCUCAUGUUCAGAAAUUUCUCAUACCUAUUGUGAAAUAUGGCCAAAGGUCUAUUACGCUAUCGGGUUGUUUUGGAUCUGCAUGUCCUGGACCCCUUGUUAAUUUAAGGUACUGGCGGUGGUAUCAUAAACUCCAACAUGUGCGAGGACAUUUUGGUCAAACAACUGGUUCCCUCUUCCAAGAAAUUCUGAAAAUGAACAUUCCAGCCUGAAAACAAUAUGAUGUAUACAUCCAAACGGACAAAGAAAUGAUUAUCUGCACACAAAGUCGGAGAUCUCAUCCAUCCAUAAUAAUCUCCAGAUCUCUAACAAUGGAACAUGUGUGGCCUGAACUCAAGGGGAAGUUCAUAAGCAGGAACCAGGGGGUCUGAAAGAUGGAUGAAUGGUCAGAAAUCCCCUCUCAGAAGAGCCCGAACCCCACAUUACACCAGAAGAGGUGUCUAUGUACAGUAUUCCAUGGCAGAGGAGGAUUUACAAAACAAUAACCACAGGGGUGUGAAUGAAUAGGACCCUCAUGUUUUCUGGACUUCAAUUGUUUUGAACAAAUAUGACGAAAAUACCAUUCUAGAAUUUGUUUAUGUAAGAAUAAUUAUAAAAUCUUUAACUUAUUCUGUUAUACUUUUUGUUGUGUUUAAUUGGGGACAUGAAUCAAUCUGAAGAACAUUGUAUUUUUAUCUUUUAAGUGUUUUUGAAUAUUGUG